GCUUUGGGCAGUCUAUGGUUCGGCAUCAGAUCCUUAACGAUGGAGCUUUUGUAUUUUGCAGCACUGUUUGUGUCCGGUUUUGUAUGCAAAAUCCACGCCACCACACCACCAACCUCGGUUACACUCAACGGAGGUAUUCAAAUGCCUUCCAUUGGCCUCGGAACAUUUUUAUCAAAAGACGAUUCCUUAGAAAAAGCUGUGGAAGAAGCCCUCGAAGCAGGCUAUCGUCAUUUUGAUACUGCCACCCUCUACGAAAACGAACACGUCAUAGGAAAGGUAUUAAAGAAAUGGAUUUCCGAGGGAAAGGUCAAACGUUCUGAUUUAUUUAUCGUAACAAAAUUGCCCAUAAACGGCAUGAGACCAGACCUCGUGGAAGUGUUCCUCAACAAAUCCCUUCAUGAUCUCCAGCUUGACUACAUAGACUUGUAUUUGAUUCAUUCGCCAAUAGGCAUUAAAUACAAGGAAGGAGAAACGGCAACAUUAAAUACAAACGUUACUGUAGACAUUGACCCGACAACUGACCAUAUAGCCAUAUGGAAGAAAAUGGAGGAGCAGGUGGACAAAGGCAAAGCAAGAACGAUCGGAUUAUCCAAUUUUAACAUCUCACAGAUCACCAGAAUUAUAAACAAUUCAAAGAUCAAACCCAGCAAUCUGCAGGUAGAAUGCAAUGCGUAUUUCCAACAGGACGAACUUGUUGAUUUCUGUAAAAAUAAUAACAUUGUCGUGACCGCCUACUCGCCAAUUGGAGCUCCUGGUUUCAAGAAAUUCGCCGACGCCGUUGGACUCAAGGUAAAGACCGUUAACCUCUUGGAAGAUCCGGUGGUGGAGAAAAUCGCAAAGAAACACAAUAAAUCACCGGCCCAAGUUUUAUUGCGGCAGCACAUUCAGAGGGGACUUGUUGCCAUACCGAAGAGCACCACACCCAAGAGAAUUAGGGAGAACAUUGAUAUUUUCGAUUUCACUUUAGACGAUGAGGACAUGGCCGAACUGAAGAAGUUAAACAAGAACGCUCGUCGCGUGGACUUCAAGGUUUUCAAAGGCAUCGAAAAUCACCCAGAAUAUCCAUUCAAUGAUGCUUAAGUGUAAAUUAUGGAAAUGUGAUAAUUAAUUAAAUAUAUUGAAAAUUGUGUUUAAACA